CGCGCGCAGCAACGACAACACACACACAGAGAAAGAGAGAGAGAACAUGAGCUGAGUGACAGAGGCAGGAAACGUUUUAUUCACGCGGCCUUAAGUCGAGCAAAACAACUCGUUCUUUUUUACUCUGAAAAGGAAACUCGGAGCGGAACGCAGUGCCCUCGCUGCUGCUGGAUCAGGAAGAAAUCCCCUGCUUGCGUAAGAGAGAGAGGGACAGAGAGAGAGAGAGGGAGAGAGAGAGGACUCGGUUGCAGGGGCACGAAGAGGAAAGUUUUCCCAGCUGAAGUCGCCCCGCGUGAGCCAUGCGCGCGCUGUUCAGUGUCGUGCUUUUGAAGGGAUUUCCGACACCGCUGUAAAGUUUGCGCUCAUGCGACAGAAGACGGAGGCGAGAACCGGAUCCCGUCACGCGCACAGCUAUUGUUCGUAAGCGUUUCCGCUUGGGGAUUCUCGCGUGCUGGAACCGGGCGAUCCAACUCGGUUGGAUUUUAUAUUGCCGCGUUUGCGCUUGUUUCCCGUCCCCGAGCCCAGCCUUCACUCCAGGAUGCAGGUUCUAAUGAAACGGGUGUUGAUCUGGCAGCUCGCGGCGCUGCUGCUGCUGCUGGCGACCGGCGGCCGGGCGCUGCUCUGUUUGCCCUGCGAUGAGUCCAAGUGCGAGGAGCCGAAGCAGUGUGUCGGCGCCGUGGUGCCUGGGAUCUGCGGCUGCUGCUCCGUGUGCGCCAAGCAGAAGAACGAGAGCUGCGGCGGGGUGUACGGCCUGUACGGCACGUGCGACGCGGGGCUGCGGUGCGUGAUCAGACCCCCGCUCGGCGGCAGCUCCAUCACGCAGUACGAAGUCGGAGUUUGCGAAGAUGAAAACUGGGAUGACGACCAGCUCUUGGGAUUCGAGCCAUGCAACGAGAACCUGGUUACAGGCUGUAACAUAAUCGACGGGAGGUGUGAAUGUGACAGUGUACGAACAUGCAACAACCCAUUUGAGUUUGCCAGUGAGGAAGCUUGUCAGACAGCCCUGAAGAAGAUCGAAGAGGAAAGGCCAGACUGCUCUAAAGCCAGGUGUGAGGUUCAGUUCUCUCCCCGUUGUCCUGAGGACUCAGUGUUGAUUGAAGGUUAUGCCCCGCCUGGCGAAUGCUGCCCUCUGCCCAGUCGCUGUGUUUGCAGUCCUGCUGGGUGUCUGAGGAAAGUGUGCCAACCUGGUUACCUCAACAUCCUUGUUUCCAAAAGCUCUGGCAAACCUGGAGAGUGCUGCGACCUGUACGAGUGCAAACCAGUUUUCAGUGUGGACUGCAGCACGGUGGAGUGUCCUCCUGUGCAGCCCAUGCAGUGUCCAGCAGACAGCUAUGAAACACAGGUCAGGCUCACAGCUGACGGCUGCUGUACGCUCCCCACCAGGUGUGAGUGUUUGCCUGGCGUGUGCACCUUCCCACAGUGCUCAGCAGGAACCUUGCCCCAUUUGGUCUCCCGUGGUGAUGGAACACCGGGACGGUGCUGUGAUGUGUACGAGUGUGUCAAUGAGACUAAGCCGGCCUGUAUCUUCAGUGGAGUGGAGUAUCGUGAUGGUGACAUGUUCAGAAUGGAUGCCUGCCAUUUCUGCCGCUGCCAAGGUGGUGUAUCAGUGUGUUUCACGGCACAGUGCGGUGUCCUCCACUGCGAACGCUACUACGUACCAGAGGGAGAGUGCUGUCCUGUCUGUGAAGAUCCUAUCUUCCCUCCGCUGAGUUUUGCCGGCUGCUACGUGAAUGGCCAGAUCCUGGCUCAUGGGGAUCACUGGCGAGAGGAUGACUGCACAUUCUGUCAAUGUGUGAGUGGCGAAGCCCGCUGUGUAGCUGCUGCCUGCGGCCAUAACUGCCUCCACCCGGUCAUAGUGCCUGGAGAAUGCUGUCCUGUGUGUGAGGAGCCCACCUAUAUCACCAUGGCGCCCCCUGGCUGCAGCUUGUUGGAGAACUGCACGCUCACAGAGAAGGAUUGUGCCUUCGGCUUCCAGCUCGACUCGCACGGUUGCCGCACCUGCAGCUGCAAAACAAGAGAGGAACUGUGCAGUGCUCUGAUCUCAGGCUGCACCCUGAAGUGUCCACUCGGCUUCCUGAUCGACGCCAACGGCUGUGCCAUGUGUCAGUGCCGGCAUCGCCACAAGAAGUGCAAGCCGGUAGCCUGUGCGAAGGACUGCCCUUUCGGCUUUGUUAAAAACAAGCAUGGCUGCGAUACCUGUCGCUGUAAAAAAUGCCCUGAGCUGCCCUGUGACAAAUCCUGUCCAGUGGGCUUCCAGCAGGACGAGCAGGGUUGCCUCAUUUGCCAGUGCAGAGACCAGGGUUCUCCUUCUCUUGGCUCCUCCGUUAAGCUGGGCUCGUGUCUCUCUAUGGACGGUCGGAGACAUGAGAAUGGUCAAAGCUGGCACGAUGGCUGCAGGGAGUGCUACUGCCACGAUGGCCGAGAGAUGUGUGCCCUGAUCUCCUGCCCUGUGCCUAACUGUGACAACCCGAGCAUCCGUGCCAGCCAGUGCUGUCCCUCCUGCCCAGACGAGUCUGGCUCUCACAGGCCAGAGCUGAGCGAGGCGUCUGUGUGUCUCGCCCCGGGUGGGGAGUACUUUGUGGAAGGAGAGACGUGGAAUAUUGACUCAUGUACGCAGUGCACCUGCCACAGCGGCCGUGUGCUGUGCGAGACCGAGGUGUGUCCUCCUCUGCUCUGCCAGACCCCAGUCAGAACACAGGACUCAUGCUGCCCGCACUGCCCAGAUGAGUCGCUCACUCCGCCAGCCCCCAGCAACAACAGCAUGCCCAGCUACUGCCGCAACGAGGAGGGGGACAUCUUUCUGGCAGCCGAGUCCUGGAAGCCCAACGUUUGCUCCAGUUGUGUGUGUGUGGAUGGAGUCAUCAGCUGUUUCUCAGAGUCCUGCCCUCCGGUUAACUGUGCUCGGCCUGUCCUGCGCAAGGGCCAGUGCUGCCCGUAUUGCCUAGAUGCCACACCGAGAGCUGUGUGCCACUUCAACGGGAAAACAUAUGUGGACGAGGAGCGCUGGGACAUUGACAGCUGCACACAUUGCUACUGCUUGCAGGGCCAGACACUGUGCUCCACAGUCAGUUGCCCUGCCCUCCCCUGCCACCAGCCAAUCACGGUGGAGGGCAGCUGCUGUCCCUUGUGCCCAGAGACGGUCCCCACUAAUGUGCCCAUAGAGAAGACAGACCAGCAUGGAGACAGACUGAAACAUCGACCUGCUUGGCCUACGCACAGCGAGAACGACAUCAUGCCCCAGUUUAGAGCAGGUGACUUUGGCAGCCUGCAGAUGCCAUAUCUGGACGGGAAGACACCGAUACCCAGUGAGGAUGCCAGCCUUCACUGGGCCUGGGUAGCAUUGCCCAUCCUCAUGAUGGUGCUCACUAUCACCACCCUGCUGCUAGUCAACCAGAGGAAGCAGUGGAUGCAUGUGCCUUGCUACCACACACCCUCGAAGCCAACGUGUCUGAAUAACCAGCUGGUGUACGUUGACUGCCAGAAAGGGACGAAGGUGCAGGUGGACAGCUCCCAGCGCAUGCUGCGCAUCGCCGACCCCGACUCACGCUACAGUGGCUAUUACAGCAUGCAGAAACAUAACAACCUGGAGGCAGACAACUUCUACCAGACUGCGUGAGCGAGAGUGGCCUACGAUGAGUGAGAGCGGUUUAGAGAGAGACAGAGAGGGAGACUGGGGUCAGCCGCCAAACCUAGAGAGCACAUUAUCAGAGAACUAUAAUUAAAAAGCUAUUAUCACAGCUAAUAAAAUCCAGUGAUGGAGAGUGCAACCAAGCAGAGAAACGAGAACAGAGUUGAGACCCUGGUAAAACACAAUAAUCCUAAUACCCACAUUAAUCAAAAGUCACUCCAAAACGCACGCAGAUGACUAACGGUCUCAUCAGGACGCGAUCAUGUUGCCAUGUCAGUCACUGCAGGAGUGUAUUUAUUUGAACGGGAGGUGCGGAAUGCAUUUCCUGUGAUAUUUUUGUGUAUGUUAUGGUGAGAAUGUGUGUGUGUGUCUGUGGUUGGAGGCUCAUGAGCUCAAACAUACAUAUUUGGGAUUAGGGCAGACUGGGGUGUUUUGAAAAGUGAUAUUUUUUGUGCAUUCCUGUUUUUUUACACAGAAAAAAAAGCUAUUUCAAAAGUUUUUGAAGAAAAACGAAAAGAGAGAGAGAGAGAGACUCAAAUCAAGUGCUUGAUGUGAAUGUUGAACCAAAGCUUCUCUGGGAGGGAUGAGUCUCCAUGGUAGAGAAGAUACUGGACUAUAUGGAAAAAAAAACAAAAACGUGAGAAGAGCAAGACAAACAAGGUGAAAAAGAACGAGAGAGCAGACCUGCUAGGACAUUUCGCUCUUCUUGCAAUGACAGGGCUCUAUUCCUUUUAGCCCCUUUAAAAGAGGAACGGAGGACAACUGAGAAAGAAGCUCAGUGGAACAUACGGUAGAUAUUCCUGCUUAGGUGGAUUGGUUUUGGUCUCUCUGCUUACAAUUAUAAGCUUUUUUCCUCUUUCACGUUAGUUUUUUUUUUUUUUUUUUAACUUCUAUGACAGAGCUAAUAGACUCUUUGUCACACUCCAAGCAACAAUAUUACAUUGUGGGAAAGGGAGAAUAAAGGGUUGUUACAUGGGAUAAAUAUAAGAGGUAGUUAUACUGGUUUGAUGAGUUUAUGCUACAAGUGCUGCUUUUUUUUCCUUUUUUUUUUUUUUGCUUUGAUUCUGUAGGCCUUGUUUUGUACAGGUUGAGCUGUAGUAUCAAUCACAACCCUGGGAAACAUGCAAGGAAACACGAUCAAACAAUACGAUGAAAAGACUUUUGCUAGAGGACUUUUAAUCGAGGCCAAAAAGAUGCUCUUUAAUCGAUUUCCCUUGUUUCUUACAGAUUAUGAAACCGUUUCCUUCUCUGGAAGCUUUGAAAUGCUGUCGAAGCACCUUUUGUUAAUCCUUGCUUGAAAGAAAAGAAAAAAACUGUUUCCAAAUUGGCUUCAAAAUCCUACACACCUUAUAGGAAUUUUCUGUACAUAUUAACGCUAUGAUGAAUAGACAUGAGAUAUUGUGUGAGUAUAUACGUGUGUGUGUGUGUGUAUGUUUGUGUUAGCAUGUAUGUACGUGUGUGCACACAAACGCACAUGCAUGCGCACAUUGACUCUGCUUCACCUGUAAAGUUCUCUGUUUCAUUUUUUUCUUACUGAAUGUAUUUAUGACUGAGUUUUAAAGAGAGAUUUCUAUCUGUAGAAAUCUGAUCACGACAGGCAUUCCAUUGCCUAGCUUGUAUGAUAGUAAGUCGAAAGACGGACCCACAGAGAAAAAAGGCAGAAAGAAAGACAAACAUCUCAUUCUGUUCUAUUUGUUGUUUCCUAUUUUGUCGUUUUGUUUUCCACUGGCUGUUCCCUCUUCUUUCCGCUCUUUUGUUUUGUUAUAAUGGAUUAGUCCUCAGCUGACCCAAUUCAAUACUGUUUUAAACAGGCCCUCACUGACUUACCUGUAUUAAGGAGCCGGGAAACAAAAAGUAACACGUGUAACAUGAUCCUGUGAGCAAAUGCAGGAUUGCCAGGGUGUACUUGCUGAGAUGCUAUUGGUGUUCUUUAUACACUGGUUACUGGCACAGCAGCAAAAUCUAGCAAAGGUAUAUACUGAGCGCCAUGUCAGUGUUUCACAGUUGUACAAAAGUGACACUUGUUACAAUGCCUCUUGACCUGCUUUUGAAUAUGUAAUUACUUCCUUUACCCAGUAAGUUAACCGGUCUUAAACAGAUAGAUUGACGGGGUUAUUAAAGCUAGACGGCCUUUCGAUUUCAUAAAAUCGGUGAAAUUUGGUCAUUGUGAUGCAUGUUUAUUUCUGUAAUAUCUCACAAAAUAUCAGGCCAUUCAGUGGCUGGGAAGUUAUUUAAUUUGAGGGGAUUCCCGAGCAAAUAAUGUGCAUGAAAUCGCUCACUUUGUGCAGUCAAGCAGACAGAGGAAGUACGUGUGCGCUUGCGCAGGUUUACCUUUUACUUCUUUUGGGUUUUACGGCAGUUGACAUCCACAGUGUUGCAUUACUGCCAUCUACAGGUUUACCUUUGGCCGUGCACUGACAAUUACAUCGUUCUGUCGCUAAACGAACAGCUGAUCACACCGAGGUGCUCGCUGACCGCCGAUAUUUAUUAGUUUGGUCCUGCGUUUCCUUUCCUUCGCAACAUAACGUCUUUUCUUCUCGCUUUCCGUUACUGUAGUCGGUCUUUUACGUUUCAUUCGCGUCCUCCAUUUUCCUCUCCUGUUUCAAUUUUGUAUCCCACAAUGCCUUGUGCGAACAGGGAAAGCCCAAUAUGUGAUGCAUGACGUUAGUAUCUUGAAUUGGGUCAUGGUGAAGCAGGAAAAAAUAGCAGAGAAUUUAGGGCCACAUGGCCCCAAAUUCAUUAAUUGUUCUAUUUAAAAAAAAAAAACUAAUAAAAUUGGAAGUCUGUGAUUUGAAUUCAGUAGCUUUUGGUCCACUAAACAAAAAUAACUGGGUGUCAGGGAGAAUUCUUUUUAUGACCUAAACUUGAAAAAUCUGAAAGGCAGUACAGCUUUAAUAAGCUGUGGUGCCAAUGAACAUUUCUGCUGGAUUCACCCACAUCAUGACAUACUUGACCUCCAGUCCAGAAUGCAGUUACUCUUCUGGCCAAUAAUGAAUGCAGUUCACUGAGUGAGCUGGGCAUAUUGAUUGCCAUUAAAAAAAAAAAGUUGAAAGACAUGAUAUCGGCAUCUGCUGGUUCUAGGGGACUGAGCAGACAAGCCUUUGGUCUGUUUCUGUUCUUGCUGCAAAGGAACUUACCUUUUUUGUUGAGGCAUCAGCAGUCGUGUUUAUUUUUCAUUUUUGUAAAGGUAAAGAAUGGUCCGAAGUAUUUACAUAGACUGUGUACUUCAUGGUCUGUUGUCAUGAUUCUGCAGUUAGACUUUGUCAGUGCUUGUGGCACCAUAUUAUCCAAGGACAAUUCCAAACAUUUUGGGUACUGAUCAUUGCCAAUAAGUCCAAUACCAUCAGGGCCUGGCUGAACAAACUGCCAUGGGAUGACAACUAUGGUUGACUUUUUGGAAUACUAAAAAUUCAACCACUAGAAUGAUCACCACCCAAGUUGGGCAGUAAUACACACUCCUUUGAUGGUGCAGAUUUAACAAUAACAAGUUCACUUCCUCAAGUCGUCCAGACGAGAAUGAGAAAAAUGACAAGGCAGGACGUAGCUUUUUUUGGCUACACAAGUGGGGUCAUGGUCACAAGGUGUUGACUUUCCUAUUAGUACUUGGCAAGUGAACAAGCACAUGGAAAUGCUCCAUUAGUUCCGAAGAAAACAGUCCUGGCAGUCUGGAAUGUAAGGAAGUGAAGCAUUAUAUUUGAUAAGCAGUCUUUAAGUGGGCUAUUAUGGUAGUCAGAUAAUCCGUCUAUGUAUGACAGAGUGUAGAAUUACAGUAGUUUACUCUUCUAUUACCAGGGAUGAGAAUUUUCUGCGGAUCUGCGGAAUUCCGAGUUUUUCCCGCUGAAAAUGUCAUUUUUGCGAAAUGUGUAAAUCCAUUGAGAAAAUUUCGGGGGUAGGGGUCGGCGCGAGGCGAGGCUUGUGGUGGCACAAGCAGGCAGGACCGACCGACCGCCCGCCAGCAUCUUUCGGCAGCGCUCAUCGCAAAAUUAGUUGCAGCUGUGAUAACGGAAAUCGUCAUUGCUUUCUUCAAUAUUUAUGCUAACGGCAACUCACGACGAUUUCCGGCAACGUUUUGGCGCUAGUUUCAUCUCACUUCUACAAUUCGCGGAGAAACAAGCUAUACGUACACGGUUUUGAUCACUUCUUAAGUUCUAGUUAUUUUGGUUAGUUUUCAAAGUUACUUCGCCAAUAUGGCGAAAGUUUUGGAUUGCAAAAAUGAGGAUCGUGCCAGGGAAAUCGAUAAAUCGAACGGGAUAAAGAACGGUUUCCGAUGGGCAUGGCUCGAUAGUAGCGUUACCGUGCAGAUAGGGACACAAACUGUGACGACGUGCCUGACGGAAAGUAUCCGAAAAGUGGACGUGCUGGGAAAGGUUCUGUGUCUUCUGUGCUCAGAUAUGAUCAAUUAUGGAAACAGAGGAGCUAGAAACAUCCAGAAGCACAUCAAAACAAAAAAGCACAAAGGUACGUUUUACUUAAAUUGUCAAAGAUGGAGUCAGGAGGAAUCUAAUAUAUCGUUACGGUUACCUCCAUUAUCACUCACGAGAUAUAUAUAUAUAUAUAUAUAUAUAUAUAUAUAUAUAUAUAUAUAUAUAUAAAAUUAUAUCUGUAGGGAUUUGUUAUCUUAAAGUUUAUAAACGUUUUAAACCAUCAUUGAAUUUGAAAACAUAUAUAUGUAUAUGUGGGAAAGUUGGCAGACGUUUCAGAGUUUUUUUUAAAUGUCCCAUUCUCAUCCCUGUAUUAUGCCUAUACACAAUUCGGAGGAAAGUGACCAUGUAAAUCGUUUAAACAGCACUGUGCUCCCUGCCAAAGACAAGUUCCUUUAAUUAAAAAAUAUACUUAUUGUUAUUUCCCCUGACCCUUGUGCUACAAGUAGACACACCUACCACUCCUGUUUUAGGUAAGUGCAAGUCAACAAGGGCGUGCUGAAAACAGUUUUGGACUGCAGGUCAUGUCUCUUUGUGUCUUUUGUUGCCUUUUUAUUUAUUUUUGAUUUUUUUGAUCUGACAGUGAGAGUUGUUGGUUCUUUGCAGCUCCAUUGUUUUCUCAGUCAUGGGCCCCUGUAGGCAUCUACUACUGGAACCUCGGCAGACAAGUUGAAUCCUAAACACGGCCCCUUGUUCAGUAGAAGACAGGGUGCUAAGCCAGUGGUUCGUACCCUAUGCAGCUGAGGUAUCAUGAGUUGGGGGCAAAUCAGGAUUGAACCAUAAGAUGUUGAAAAGAGGGGGAGGGGCAGGGCUCUAGGGCUAUUUCUUGUUGGUUGUGUCUAAAAUAUCUUCUCUGAUAAUGUUUGUAGAACUAUACUUUUGGCACUUUUAUAUAGUUUAAUGAGUAACCUCGGGGUUUUUUUUUUUUAAUUCUAACAAAUGCUUUUCAUCGAAAAAGUUGCCCGUUUGUGUUCUUAAAACCUUGUGGGACCCUUUGCAGUGCAGCAACGAGCUGUUUAUAAUAUACACUAGCUCUCAAAUUUUAUGGAAUCGUGGUUAUUGUACAGGUGGCGUGAUGGGGGGAAGUGAGUGAACAAAAUGGGAAUAUUUACUCUUUGUCUUCAGAGAGAGGGCUAUAAACCUGCUUCCUUCUGGUCUGGUGAAAUCACACAGCUUCUCUCCAGCGUGUAAACAUUGAAGCUUAUUGAACAUUCUGGCUUUCAGUCACGGCCAGUGAAGAGACUCAAGAUAAACAAGCAGUGGGACAGAGCGACGUAAACGACUGUUUUGCAGACUGAAUCUACAAAAAUAAAUUCCAACCUGAUGUUGUGGAUCCAUGUGUCCAUUUUUAGUGAGUUCAACACUGCCUGUUACAAAGCAGCAUUCUGUUCUACUAAUAAGCACUACUGCGUAUUGUUUCAAUUUGGUCAUCGGUUUUAAUGUAGACACAUUUAGUUUGGGAUGUGGCCUCAUCUAAUGACCGAGGAGAACCGCUGAUUCCUCUUCCAGCAGUUCUGCCUGUUCAAAGGGUCUCGCAGGAUAUUUAAUUUUUUUUUCAGUGCAUCCUUCAAGUAUUGUUGUAAAUACUUGAGUGUCACUCGCCAGAACAAAAAUGAAAAAAAAGAAAAAAGGUUGGAGAGAGGUAAAAAAUUUAAAGAUUUAAUUUAUUGUUUUAAAUACCUUAGUAAUUUAUUUACAAGCAGAACAAUUGAGCAUAUAGGAAUUUGAAUUAAAGACACAGCUGAAAUCGUGCGACAGUUUUGGUGUUGUCUUGGUCUCUCAAAAAAGGUUUGAAGAAUGGUUCGAUUUGAUGAUAUGGGACACACUUUAUCUCCACUGUUAGGCUGUUUUCUCCCCUCUCUCCAUUUUAUUCUUCUCUUGGAACACUGCUCUUUCCAUGUGGGAAAGGCAGACAGGCCCGGUCCUGCGUUCCGUUAUGUAAGCUGAAUAAAUUUGGAGACAUUUCUCUCCUGAUCGCUUCCUUCCUACUUAGUCUGUCCACAGAAAACACACACAGAGCCUUUUUUUUUUUUUUAAACUUUGUAUACUACUGGUGUUAUGCUCGUGUUAAAAAAAAAGUAAGAAUUGUCGAUAUUGGUAAUGAUAUUGCAGAUUUCUAAAGAGGGUAGAUGAAGAUUUGACUCAGAAUUCCUGUAGCACAGCAGAUCUUUUCAAUUUCUUGUAUAUUUUUUUGUUUGUUUAUUCGCAGCACAAUAAAUUCUUUUUAAAUAGUU